ACGUUCAUGGUCAAAUACAAUCCAAGAUGGCUGCUCACAUGUCAAGAUUAAGGGGCUGGAGCCGAGCGCAGAGGUAUGGCAUCGCAGUAUGUAGACAGUACAGCAGCGGCAGCGCGUAUCCCAACGUGUCCCUCUCCACACCGUUACCCGGGAUCCCCAAACCGGUCUUUGCCUCCGUGGACGGCCACGAGAAAUACGAGACUAAAAUCACCACCUUAGAAAACGGACUCAAAGUCGCAUCUCAGAAUAAAUUCGGUCAAUUCUGUACAGUUGGAAUUUUAGUAAACUCAGGCUCACGCCAUGAAGCAAAAUAUCCCAGUGGAAUUGCACACUUUUUGGAAAAGCUGUCAUUUUCUUCUACAGCCCACUUUGGAAGUAAAGACGAAAUUCUCCUAACACUUGAAAAACACGGAGGCAUAUGUGACUGCCAAACAUCCAGGGACACAACAAUGUAUGCCGUUUCAGCUGAAGUUAAAGGUCUGGAUACUGUAGUGAGCCUCCUGUCAGAUGCGGUGCUACAGCCACGUUUAUUAGAUGAGGAGAUUGAGAUGACUAGAAUGGCUGUUCGGUUUGAAUUGGAGGAUCUGAACAUGAGACCUGACCCAGAGCCUUUACUAACAGAAAUGAUUCAUGCUGCUGCUUACAGAGGCAACACUGUGGGUUUGCCUCGGUUCUGCCCUGCCGAAAAUGUUGAGAAAAUCGACAGGAAGCUGCUUCAUAAGUACCUACAGAGCUAUUACUGUCCGGAGCGCAUGGUGCUGGCUGGGGUUGGGAUUGAACACGAGCAGCUUGUGCAGUGUGCCAGAAAGUAUCUCCUAAAUGUUAAACCGGUAUGGGGUGCGAGCACGCCUGCCAACGUCGACCAGUCUGUAGCACAGUACACGGGCGGAAUAGUUAAGAUGGUGAAGGACAUGUCAGAUGUGAGUUUGGGACCAACGCCCAUUCCUGAACUAACACACAUCAUGAUUGGGCUGCAGAGCUGUUCCUUUUUGGAGGAUGACUUCAUCCCCUUUGCGGUCCUCAAUAUGAUGAUGGGAGGCGGGGGAUCCUUCUCUGCUGGAGGGCCCGGAAAAGGCAUGUUCACCCGUCUCUACCUUAAUGUGCUCAACAGGCACCACUGGAUGUACAAUGCCACUUCAUACCACCACAGCUAUGAAGAUAGUGGUCUGCUUUGUAUCCAUGCAAGCGCAGACCCUAGACAGGUGCGAGAAAUGGUGGAGAUCAUUACGAGGGAGUUCAUUCAGAUGACUGGGACAGCAGGAGAAAUGGAGCUAGAGAGAGCCAAGACACAACUGAAAUCCAUGCUCAUGAUGAACCUAGAGUCACGACCGGUCAUCUUUGAAGAUGUAGGUCGACAAGUACUUGCGACAGGAAAGAGGAAGCUGCCACACGAGCUUUGUGAGCUCAUCAGUAACGUUACAGCCAGUGACAUCAAGAGAGUUGCAACGAAAAUGUUGCGCAGUAAACCUGCGGUGGCAGCGCUGGGGGAUCUGACAGAGCUGCCCUCAUACGAGGACAUUCAAGCCGCUCUCUCUAGUAAAGACGGACGCCUGCCCCGCAUAUACCGCCUGUUCCGGUAGAGGACCGACGGCUGGCUCCAUCUAGAGGCAAAUAUAAGGACUGACCCAAAAUUAUUAUUCUGGACUGGAAUUUAAGUGCAAUGCUUAGACUGUGAUUGCAUUUCAUUUAUAAAACAUUUAAAACAUUAGUUUAAACCAAUAGUCGACCCAAAAAAUGUCAAUUUAAUCACCCUCGUGUAAUUUAAAAACCGUAGGACUUUCUGUCGUGGAACAUAAAAGAACACAUUUUUGUCUAUACAAAUGUAAGUGGGUUAUGUAACGGGUUUGCUAUUUUUAAAAUAUCAUCUUUUCUGUUAUGCAGAAGAAAGGUUUGUAAUGACAUGAGGGUGUGCAAAUGACAGAUCUGAAAUUGGCUGAGUUUGUUCACAAACCAGUGCGUUAUUUUGCAUUACUUUGUUCAAUUCACCAUGUGUUUAAAGUAAAUUAAUGUGUUAAUCUCACAUGUCUAUCUUAAUUGGCUCGAUAAGUAGACUUCUCCAUGCCAUCUUUUUUCCACAUUUCUGCAUUGUUGUUUAUAGGCUGCUUUUCUAUGUAAAACUGGGCAAACUCAAAUGAUAUUUCACACAUCACGUACUGUUUUUCAGAAAGCUCUACCAAACCCUUAUGCUUUAGUUAGUACAUUAAAAUGAACAGAAUGACACAAACUGUAUGGUCUACCACUUAUCCUAGCUGUAAAACACCCAUUUUCAACCUCUGAUCACGAACUAAGAGUUGGUUUGCCAGAUUAAUGUAUGUCUUUUUACCGGUUUGUAUUGGAUUACCCUACAAAAAUAUAUUUAUUUCCUUGUACUUCAUCAGUACAAGUUUAGUGUUCCAUUUUUUUCCCCCUACCUAUUAAGGCAAUGGUUGAAUCUUUCAUGAGCCCUCACGUUUCCUUUUUAAAAAAUAAAAUAAAAUUAAAUCUUGA